UUCUUCGAAACUCCUUGAGGCCUACCUAAAUCUGCCUAAAAUCCAGAACAAAUCCACAUGGGGAGCACAUUUCUCAAGUCAAAUAAAGUUUUGUUAAGAACCCAUUACUUUAUUCGAAAAAGUAAAAUUGAUUUUUUUUUUUGAUGACUCUCUCCUUGAUCUUGCAGAAGGAUCGCAAGUCUUCCAUUCAUAUCUGGUGUCUCUCUUCCCACCUUCAGGUCAUCAUGUUACCUUAGCCAUCAAUGGCGAAGGACCACAGCCCAGCAAACUACAAAAGCUUCCACUUCCUCUGCUACCUCCUCUUCUUUCUCUGCUUCCUCUAUUCCAUCUCCUUCAUCUACUACUCUCACUGCUAUUCCCCUUGCAGUCCCCAAACAACCAUUAAUUCACCACCCUAUAACCACUCCUCCACCAUCAAUCUCAUAUCUUUCCCUUCUUCAUGGAACCAACUCUCCUUCUCCUCCAACCCACCUCCCCGACACCUCAAGAUCGCUCUUUUCGUCAAGCGAUGGCCUCGACAGAACCUCGCCGGCGGCCUCGAGCGCCACGCCCUCACUCUCCAUCUCACCCUUGCCCGCCGCGGCCACGAUGUCCACGUCUUCACUACCAACUCUUCCUUCUCGAACUCUUCCCUCCCUUACUACUCCAACGCGGCCCUAACCUUCCACCCAAUUCCGCCGAGCCCCGGUGGCUACCUCAACCAAGCUCUUGCAUGGAAGGAAUUCCAGAUUCAGAACUCCAGUCAGCCAUUCGACGUAGUCCACACCGAAAGUGUCGGCCUUUUCCAUGGUCGUGCUCGGAAUCUCACCCACGUCGCCGUCUCCUGGCAUGGAAUCGCUUACGAGACCCUCCACUCCGACAUCGUCCAAGACCUCCUUCGAGAACCCAAGGAGCCCCGCCACUCUUCUUUUUCCGAUAAGCUGGGGAAAGUCGUCGAAGAGGUCAAGUUCUUCCGCAACUACGCCCACCACGUAGCUACCAGCGAUCACGUUGGCGAUAUCCUCAAAAGAGUAUACAUGAUACCAGAAGGGAGAGUUCAUAUCAUCCUCAAUGGCGUUGAUGAAGAAAUAUACAAGCCUAAGCCUAGCAGUACCAGAAGUUUCAGAAGAAAGUUUGGAGUCCCCGAAAGCGCCCAACUUGUGAUAGGAAUGGCGGGGAGACUGGUGAAAGACAAAGGCCAUCCUUUAAUGUUCGAAUGUCUGAAAAGAGCAUUCAUGGAGGAUUCAAGGUUCAAGACAAGCGUCUUCGUUCUGGUCGCUGGGGACGGGCCAUGGGCAAGUAGAUACAGAGAUUUGGGGCCAAAUUUGAUCCUUCUCGGUCCUCUGGAUCAAACCCAGCUUUCUGAAUUCUACAACUCACUCGAUAUCUUCCUGAACCCAACUCUCAGAGCGCAAGGAUUAGACCACACCUUCAUCGAAGCGAUGCUUUCUGGCGUCCCUGUAAUGGGAACGCGCUUCGCGAGCAUCACCGGCUCCAUCAUCGUGGGUUCGGAGGUCGGGUACACGUUUCAGCCUACUGUGGAAUCGUUAAAAGAAUCCAUUUUUAAAGCUUUCAGUGAUGGAAGAGCUGUUCUUAGGAAGAAAGGAGAGUCCGCCAGAAUCAGAGCUCUUCGUCUCUUCACGGCCAAAAAAAUGGGGGCGGCUUAUGAAAGAUUGUUCCUUUGCAUCAGCGACAAUCUUUACUGCAACUACCCGCUUCCGGCUGAUAGAGAAAAGUGAAUCACCUGUAAAUUGAUGGAUCUUCAUUCUGAGAUGUUUCCUCGUCGAUGAGCAGUGUGAUGGAUGGUGUGGGCGAUAGAUUUCAUCAGUUUUUUAAGAUGCAUUAAUCAUUUUUCAAUCUAAUUUAUGUUGGCAAGAGCAGAGUAGACAGUGGAGGCAAAAAAAUUUAUAGAUGCUGGACAAGCACAUAAAUAGAUAACAUCCUGUUGGUUUUGAUCUCAUUUCAUUUCAAAUAAGCAUUGUAAUUUUAUUUCUAGAAAUAGCUAAGUUGGGAAUUGAUGGAG